UUUUAAUUAUUAUUUUAAGUUUUGCAUUAUAAUUAUAUUAUUUCAAAUCUUUUUUAUUACAAAAUUAUCAAUAUGGCUUAUUUAAAGACUUCAAAUAACCGAAAAAUUUUAUGUGUUGGAUUAACUUGUCUUGACAUAAUACAAACAUGUACAUAUUAUCCUCCAGAAGAUUCUGAUCAUAGGUCUGUUGAUUAUCGAUGGCAAAGAGGUGGAAAUGCGUCAAAUACAUGUACUGUACUUUCUUUGUUAGGAAGUUCAUGUGAAUUUUUAGGAGUAUUAAGUAAAGAAGAGCAUAGUCAGUUUUUAAAAGAUGACAUGAAAAAAUAUAAUAUUGAUUUUUCUAAAUGCCAAGAGGUUGACGGUUAUAGAUGUCCUAUAUCAACAAUAAUAUUAAGCUUAAGUACUGGAACUCGUACAAUUUUACAUUAUAAUCCUAAUUUACCAGAAAUAACAUUAGAAAACUUUGGAUGUUUGAAAUUAAAGAACUACAGUUGGAUACAUUUUGAAGGCAGGAAUGUAACACAAGUUUUAGCUAUGAUGGAAACUAUAGAAAAAUAUAAUAAAAUUAUGAAAGGCAUGAACGAAAAAUCUAAUAAAAUAGUAAAUAAACAAUUUAUGGAAAUUACUGUUAGUUUAGAGCUAGAAAAACCUCAACCUGAGUUAUUAUUAUUAUUACCAUUUGCUGAUAUAGUAUUUAUAUCGAAAGAUUUUGCACAAAGAAGAGGAUGCGAUAAUAUGGAUGAAAUAUUAGAAAAUAUCGGUGCAAAAGCUAAACAAGGGACAGUUCUUAUUUGUGCUUGGGGUGAUAGAGGUGCAACGGCACGUACCUCGGAUGGAAUUUUAGUCAAAUCUUCAGCUUUUCCGCCUGAAGUAAUAGUAGACAGUCUUGGUGCUGGAGAUACAUUUAAUGCAGCAGUUAUAGAUUAUUUAAACAAUAUAAAAAUGGAUGCUGAAAGUGAAGAAUAUAAUUCUUUGAAUAAUCCCACUACAAUUUCGGAACAUAGCCUCAACAAAUUUAAUGAUCCAAAUAUUCUACACGCAGCAAUAAUUUUUGGUUGUCAUAUAGCUGGUGCCAAAAUAGGAAUGAAAGGUUACGACGGUCUUGUAAACUACAAAUAAAUUUGGUAAAAGUUACAAAAAAAAAAAAAAGAAAAUGCACCGACUUAUUGGCCAACCUAUUUGUGGUACAAUAUUUUAAUAAAAUAAAUUUAAGAUAUGAAUGACGCGUAAUUAAGCAUUUUUAUAAUUAAUAUUUCAUAUUAAUAAUAAUAUGUAAUACAGAGUUCUGUGAUAUUAGAUCUGAGAGAGAAUAGAAACAUCAAAGAACUAAAAUAUAUUAUAACGUUCUCUCAAAUACCAUCAUAUUGAUAUAAAAUGUUUUAUU